AUGUCGUACAACAAAGCAUACGAGCCGGUCAGAGGCGAGCCCGCGCAAAGCGAUUACGAGCUCAUCGAUGUCGACCCCCACUUCAACAGAGUCGUUUCCUACUUCAGAGGCUCUGAUAUCGGACUUUGGGCCGCCACCACUGCGGCUUUCCCAGUUUCGUUGGUGGCAUGGGAGAGAUUGGAGCCUGUUGCAGGCGCAUUCAGACAGCCCGGCAAGGUGCCAGCGGGCGCGUUGAGAGCGGCCACGUUGGUUGGGUUUUUCGGCGGUUUCUACCUCGCAUACAUCAGAUCCUCGAAACGGUUUUUGGGCUGGUCUGAGAACGCCAGAGAGGUGAAGAAGGACAGAUACGAAAUCAAAAAGUUGUUGUCCGAGGGCAAGUUGCCCUACCACGACAACGAGUCCAAGUUGGACGACAGAAUGAAGGACAUUGCCAACAGAAACUCGCAGUACUCAUUCACCACCUUGGCGAUUUUGCCGUGGUUCAACUUGGCCUACCACCCAUACCACGGCGUGAACAUCCAGAAAUACUACGAGACGAGACCUGGUGAGGAAGAGUGGGGCUUCACUUUGAAGCCAUAUGAGGAAAUCAAGGCCAAGUACGCCAAGCACAUUGAGUAG